ACUGAUGGAGGAAGUGGAGGCGACGAAGAACCCGGUAGUUGUUCUUCAAGGCCAUCGAUUAGUGAAACUUCCUGGGCGGAUGCGCAAAAACCGUCAGUGCCAAAUGAAUUUACGUCAACUUUAACAUCAAUUCGACAGCAGUUUCCGUUCGGCGAUGAUACCGAUAAAAUAAUUUCAACAGAGAAACAAGAGACAUUAGAAGAGCCGAGACAUGAUAAAUGUCUUCUACGAGCAGACUGUCCUGUUCAAGCUAUCGAAGUAACCGGUUGUGAGCCAACAACAGACACAAAGAUGGAGCCACUUAUUAUCUCGACGGCUUCUUCAAGUUCUUCAGUAUCGGGACAAACGAGACUUCCUACUAAAUUCGAAGAAGCAUUCAACCUUUUUGAUAAAGAUCGUGAUGGCAGCAUCACGAAAGAAGAACUUGGCAGAGUUAUGCGCGGUUUGGGGCAAUUCGCGAGGACAGAGGAAUUGCGAACAAUGCUGGAGGAAAUCGACACUGAUGGCGAUGGAAAUGUCAGUCUAGUAGAAUUUGUCAAGAUUGUUAGUGAUAUAGGGAAUGCAAACGCUGCUCAGCAGACAAAUCUCACUCAAGAGCAACAGGAGGAACAAGAAUUACGCGAUGCAUUCCGAGUAAGUUUAUCUUUUUGUUCUGUUUAUUUACUUAUCAUUAGGAAUUUUGUAGCGUGGGUUCCAAAUUUACGUUUGAGAGAAAAUUGUGUUAAGUAA